ACGUCAAAAAACAAGUAAGCGUGACGAAUGGCUGGCGUCAACCAUAAUUAAAGACGCCAUUUUGGAAGGACAGACUGAAAGUUUUAGAAGUGUGUAUGCAGUUUGUCAUUUUUGGAUACAUAUUUCAGUGAAUAUUUUGUGUUUUCUGUUAGUUAGGAUGAUGAUAUCAUAGAAGAUUCCAGCUACAGUUCUGCAAUUAUACAAAAUAUGAGCAACAGGUUUGUUAUAUAACCACAUAAUGAAUAUGCAGAAAUAAGAGUGAAGAAACUUCAUGCUCUUCAGUGAUAUUAUACUAAAAGUACUAACAGUACUUGUGUCAUGUUAUAGGAAAGUAAAAUAUUUGUGUAAUGAAACUUCAGACAGGAUAUAUUUAUCCUAAUGUUGGGAUAUCAGUUUGUUAUGAAAGGUUUGGUCACCUGCCAGGCUUUUCUGAGCAUAAUGAUGACAAUGUCGUCCUGUUAUCCUACUGUCCACAAACGAUCAAUAUCAAUCGAAAACAGGGAAACAGAAAACUGGACAGGAGAAAACAUACAGGGAAGAACAUGUCUUCCAUUUUGUCUUUAUAUCAAUUGUAACAAUGGUACGUGCUACCAGGAUCCCGUAACUUGUGGAUUGAGAUGUAUCUGUAAUGCUGGUUACUCGGGACGUAGAUGCAAGAAGGAAAUCCAAACUACGACAUUAGCUCCAACAACUCCAGACCCGAAAUCCAAAUCAGAAGGUGAUUUAGUGAGAAUUUUACUGGGAAGCAUUCAGGGUAAUAUUGAUCAGAAAGACAACGCAUCUUUUUUAACUGAAACCCACGUCAGUGGCGAUGAUGAAGACGAAUUUCGAACAACUUUGGAGACACCUGGAGACUUGGUGAAAAAUUCUACUGAAAGCGUUGAUUUGUCUUCACUAAACAAGUCACAUAAAGGGACAGAUGAAAUCUUUAGUGGAUUUAAUAAACCAUUAUUUUUGUUUAAAUUGGAUAAAGAGGACCAGAACACAAUGAAAAUUAAUAACUCAAAUACAAAAAUUUCAUUCAGAAAAAAUGAAUCAACUUCAAAUACACCCUUGUCUAAUUCUGCAUCUAACAAAACGAAAAAAGAUGACCAAUUGUCUGAGUCUGUAUCAAUUGCAAUGAAUGAAAGUAAAGCGUCAGUCCCAAGUUUACCAAAACCCCACAAUAAACAAAUUGAUGAAGAAGGCCCUUCUCUUCGGAUGUCCUCACCAGAUUUAGAACUAAGUGUUUUGGAACCAUUUACAUCAUUAUAUUUAGACGAAUGUGAUAGAAAUUGUUCAUCAGAAAACGUUUGCGUUCCUAUAAAGAACAGAUUCCAUUGUUAUCCAAAGAAACAUGAAUGUCCGUCUGGGCUUCCUUGUGAGAAUGGAAUUUGCAUGAAGAAUGGGAGUCUAAUCAAGUGUCUUUGUGAGCCGGGAUGGAUUGGAGACAUGUGUAACAGGAACUGUUCUCUUAACUGUAAUGGAGGCGCCUGCUAUCGCAGUUCGGAAGAUCCUGAUGGUGCAACUUGUAUAUGCAAUCAAGGGUAUGGAGGAAAAAGAUGCGAGCACAAGAAAGAGUUAAUCUCUGCUGAAGAAAAAAACCAAUGGUAUUGGUAUGUCAUCAUUCCAUGCAUCUGCUGUGUCAUCGUUCUUAUCAUUGUUCUCGUUAUUAUCAUCUACUGUAUGCAGAAAAGAAAAUGGUUGUUCGCCAUGAAAAUUGUUCAUUUCUUUAAGGAAUAUGAGGAUGAUGAUGGGAAAGAAUAUGAUGCCUUCAUAUCUUAUAAGUCAUCAAAAGAAGAUGAAGACUUUGUUUUGCAUCAGCUGUAUCCCAAGUUAGAAGAAGAGAUGGGCUUUAAACUGUGUCUGCAUUUUAGGGAUUUCACACCGGGAGAUAUCAUUGCUAAUAACAUUAUUCAAGCUAUCGAGAACAGUCGUCGAACUAUAAUGGUUUUAUCUCCAAAUUAUGUUGAAAGUGAGUGGUGUCGCAUGGAAUACCAAAAGGCACAACACGAAAUGUUGAAGAGAAAACACAGGAUAAUUCCAAUAAUGUUCAGAGACAUUACAAAGUGUGAGAAAUUUGAUAAAGCCUUGGGUGAUAUCUUAAGAACGGUAACCUAUAUCCAAUGGCCGGAAGAUGGAGACUCAAAUAAAAUCGAACGUUUCUGGAACCAGCUAAGGUUGUCCUUACCAAAGAAACGCGGUCCAGCCUCGUCUUCAUCAUCUUCUUACACAUCAUCAGGAAGUGGAUCCACAGUGACGACGGAUAUCUAUUCUUCCGUUUCAAAGCCACUACCAAGUUCUUCUAUCAUUUCUUCUGAUAUGAAAACUAAUAGCGACACGAUCUUGAAUAUCACUGAAAAUGAGAGUGCAGUACAUAAUAAUGCAUACCCAUCGUACAUUUCAUUAAAUGAACAAACAUCGAGCCCCCAGAGCCCGAAUACCAUCUCUUCGCUACCCAAUGAAACAGUACAAAAUUCAACUGGUACUGAUUCACAACCAGACAAUUCCUCAAGUAGGCUGCGCAAAAUUGUGAAAGACAUGUUGAAGUUAAAAAUUCACUCUCGUUCAUUUUCUGCGCGUUUACAGGGUGAGGGGUCCUUGGAAACCCCCACACCCACUACUGCUACUCCCAGUAUGUGCUUGGAUAAGGACAUGAGUCCGUUACUUGCAAAAAGGAAGAGCAAGAAAUCUUCCACUUGGACAGCAAAAUCACUCCAUCAAACUCUUAAACCAUGUGUGAGGUCUAUGAGUGAGAAAGAAUGCACCAUAAAAAAACUAGACAUCAUUCCACAGUUGGCAUCACAAAGAAGAGAGUUACCAGACGUUUGUAAACAUUUGGAUACAGGGCACGACAAUAAUGGAUUUGAAAAUGAGGUAAACUCUGCUAAAAUAAAGCCUAUUUCCAAGGAAGACACACGGAUGUCAAAUCUCCUAAGUGAUCAUGAAAAAGAAUCUUCUAAGGAUUUCAAUAAAAAUAUUGAAAAUGUCUAUAACGAGAGCAAUAUAGCUCCACUUCCAUGUGAAACAUGUGUGCAUCCAUCAGUAAAUGUAGAUAAUGCCGUGUACAACACAUCUGCAACGAACACUUGUACAACAUGUGUCCAGGAAACAGAAUCUAACAAUCAAACUGUUGAAAACAAGAAAGAGCUUAACAAACAAUUAUGCAGAAGCUUUAGAAAUGACCUUUCAAGAAAGAUUAAGAAAUCCAACGUUCCCAGGAGGUAUAGUGAUGGAGUGAAAUUUAACCUGCAACUAGCUAGAGAUACUAGCAUAGAGGUACCAGUGAACAUAACUGAAAGUAGCAUUUUUAAUAACGAUUAUCCUUCGCAGGUUACAACAAAGCAAGAAAUAUCAAACAAUUUGUAUGGAAAUUCAAAUAAUUUUAGCAUUGACCAAAAUGUACAUUAUUGCAAUACAAGUGACUCAUCGAAAAUCCAAAAUAAUUGGAUGAAUGAACCAUUUGUGCCAGAUCAAUGUUCAAACUGGCAGACCUUCGACACCAGAAACCUAUCUGUGAAUUCAAAUGAUCCAAACUUGAAGCCCUCUUUCUCAUCCAGCACAUCAUAUUAUCAAAACCUACAUACACAGGAGAUUUCAAAAGAUUCACAAAGUCAGUCAGUUGAUGAGAGGAAAAUACAGAAUGACUCGGAAAUUCACACAGUUAACACGAGUAUAUUACCAAACAAUUCUGACCAGAAGUACAAUUUAUUAUUAGAUGAUAACUACCAUCGGAACUGUGAGACGUGUAUCUUAUCAAAUGACUCGGAUACCAAUUGUAACAAUAAUCCCUGUUACUCGAUACACAUUCAUCCAAAUUACAUUUUACCAGUUCAGAGGGAAACAUCUAAAGUUCUUAAUACAGGAACAGACUGCUUAAUUCCGCGGGGUUCUACGGGUGCUAAUUUUACAGAUAUUAAUCGACGUUCAUCUGUGCCGAAUUCUCCAAUGAUAGACAGACCGUUGAAAGAGAGAAAAAGGCUGCCGCGGCGGGUGUCGGCUCCUCAUCUGCUUCAUGCUGUCUUGGAAGUCAAAUACAGAGAAAAUUCCAUGGAGCAAGAAAGAGCAAAUCCUACUCCAGUCCCUCCAGUGAGGAGGAAACGAAAGAGAAAGACUAACAGAACAUAUCAGGAUUAAUAUGUCAAUGGCAAAUGUUUUAUUGAUCGUUUUACUGUGAAAAAUAGCAUGUUUUAACUAAGAUUUCUCUUAUGGAAAUAAAGUACUAAAGUAUAUGAACGAAUUUUAAUUUCCAAUGGUGUAUAUUUUUGUUGUAUAAAGUCUGUCAUUAAGAAGAAAUCUAUGUUUUUGUAUCAUUUGCACAGUGACAUUUAAUGAGUCAUUUUGAAAAAUUACAUUUUACAGUGCUCAUGACAAGAAGAAUUCCUUAAAGAAAUAUUUAACAUUCUUAUCAUGGGCGCCUUGAUCUUUUAUAAUGUAUUUCACGUCAAGAUUGGAUAUGUGCUGUAAUGUCAUUUAUAAGUCUAACAAUUAUAUGUCAAAAAAUACUCAAAUAUAUUUUGUAUGCAAUGCUUCUUUUAUAUCAUUAUAUGUGUUUAUGUUUAU